AUGACUUGGGGAGGUAUGAUUUUGUUGAAGGCUUAUGACGUCAAAAACCCACGCUCCGAACACAGCAAUCUCCGAUUUUUCAAUGUGACCGGUGUUUAUAAGUUGGUAUUCUCCUGUUCGCAAAAGAGCUAUUUUGUGCACAGGACUGCUUCCACAGUGAGCCACUUCGAGGGCUUUGUUGGCACGUACGUGUUGGAGACUCUACUGGAAGAAGCAGACAACAAAGUACUUCUUACAGAAAGUACUGUCGUGUAUGCCCAAGAUGAGUAA